UAGGCGGCUGCCCGGGUGCAGCAUGCGCGCCCGCCGGGGGUUGCGGCUGCCGCGCCGCUCGCUGCUGGCCGCGCUCUUCUUCUUCUCGCUGUCGUCCUCGCUGCUGUACUUCGUCUAUGUGGCGCCCGGCUUAGUGAACACCUACAUCUUCAUGAUGCAGGCUCAAGGCAUCCUGAUCCGGGACAACAUGAGAACAAUAGGCGCUCAGGUUUAUGAGCAGGUGGUUCGGAGCGCAUAUGCCAAGAGGAAUAGCAGUGUAAACGACUCAGAUUAUCCUCUUGACUUGAAUCACAGUGAAACCUUCCUACAAACCACAACUUUUCUUCCUGAAGACUUCACCUACUUUGCAAACCAUACCUGCCCUGAAAGGCUCCCUUCCAUGAAGGGCCCAAUAGAUAUAAAUAUGAGUGAAAUCGCAAUGGAUGACAUUCACAAAAUUUUCUCCAAAGAUCCAGCCAUCAAGCUUGGAGGUCAUUGGAAGCCCUCUGACUGCCUGCCUCGAUGGAAGGUGGCGAUCCUUAUCCCCUUCCGGAAUCGCCACGAGCACCUCCCGGUCCUGCUCAGACACCUGAUUCCCAUGCUUCAGCGCCAGCGCCUGUGGUUUGCAUUUUAUGUAGUGGAGCAAGUUGGUACCCAACCCUUUAAUCGAGCCAUGCUUUUUAACGUUGGCUUUCAAGAAGCAAUGAAGGACUUGGAUUGGGACUGUCUGAUUUUUCAUGAUGUGGAUCAUAUACCAGAAAGCGAUCGCAACUAUUACGGAUGUGGACAGAUGCCAAGGCACUUUGCAGCCAAAUUGGAUAAAUAUAUGUAUCUGCUUCCUUACACUGAGUUCUUCGGUGGAGUGAGUGGCUUAACAGUGGAACAGUUUCGGAAAAUCAAUGGCUUUCCUAAUGCUUUCUGGGGUUGGGGUGGAGAAGACGAUGACCUCUGGAACAGAGUACAAAAUGCAGGCUAUUCCGUGAGCCGGCCAGAGGGCGACACGGGGAAGUACAAGUCCAUUCCUCAUCACCAUCGAGGAGAAGUCCAGUUUCUGGGGAGGUACGCUCUGCUGAGGAAGUCAAAAGAACGGCAAGGGGUGGAUGGUCUCAACAACUUGAACUACUUUGCAAACAUCACAUAUGACGCCUUGUAUAAAAACAUAACUGUCAACUUGACACCCGAGCUGGCUCAGGUGACCGAGUACUAAGUCAAGGAGAGAACACGUUUGCUUUGCCUGCCGCCACCAAGAAAGCAGCCUGGCGAGAUGCUGUGGGGGUCUGCACAGGAAGGGGGUGGAAAUACAGGGUCAGUGAAAGACCGCAGGGCUCAAGGAGGGAAAUGCACAAGGCGCCUUGGCCGUCCUGACCUGCUGGGAUCGAGUCGCGUGAGCUUGUGAACGCCCUUCAUCAGGACUGCUUUUGAUUUUCACCAGACGGACGUCAGUCCUGCUGCUCUUCUCCCUCCUGUCUCCUGCCCCUACGUCUCAUCUUACCACAAUCUCUAGGACCGGAAGUGUGAUCUGCCGUGGUCCCGCUGUGGAACCUGCUCCUACGAAUGACCUGGGAACUUCUUGGCCUUCAGAGCAAAGAGGCGAACGAACCCAAUGCAGGGCAGCUGUGUCGUCAGAUAGCAAAUGAAACUCCACACACCAUUCUCCACAUCUCUGGUGUUCUCUUUGGUUUCAUUUAAAAAAAAAAAAAAAAGUUACCUGCUUUGGGUGGGGAUUGAGGGUGGAGGGGGGGAGGGAUUGGGGAAGAUAAAUAGACAUAUAUAUAACAAUCACUUCUUGAAGAAGUAUAAUUGUAAAUAAGCCAUGUAAAAUGCCUUUUUAAAUUUAAUUUUAUAGCUGGCUCCAAUUCAAACAGGAUUUGUACAUUGGAUCCCUUACCUGAUUGGCAGAUGCAGGAACUCAGUUAAAAUGCAGUUGAGGAAUAGUAUCUCCCAAGUUGCUGUCACAUUGGAAGGGAGCGGGUAUGGGGCAUGUCACAAAAGAACAAAGUCAUCCCAUUUCUGUCAGUGGGAGCUGGUUUCCUCUGUCCCUUCCCAUCCCCAUUUCCUUCCCAAAAGUCUUGAUUUUUGCUCUGGAUCUGUCUUCCCUGAUGGGAAUGUACACUCCCAUGCCAGUCUUUGGCUAAGCAGGAGGCCUUCUGUAGCAUGUGGCUCACCUGCUGAGAGCAGGCCUGCAGGAAGCGGUUCUGUAGCACGUGGCUCACCUGCUCAGAGCAGGCCCAUGGGAGGCAGUUCUGUAGCACGUGGCUCACCUGCUCAGAGCAGGCUUGCGGGAGGUGGUUCUAUAGCAUGUAGCUCACCUGCUCGGAACAGGCCCACGGAAGGCUGUUCUGUAGCAUGUGGCUCACCUGCUCAGAACAAGCCCACAGGAGGGCUGUCUAUGUACUCUUCCCAUGUACCCUGGACUUUAUUUUUGUCCUUUCACAUCAUCAGAAACAGAGAGGUGUGGGGUUUUUUUUAGCCUGUUGUGAAACUUGGAGCCCUGGUGGCACAGUGGUUAAGAGCUUGGCUGCUAACCAUAAGGUCGGCAGUUUGAAUCCACCAGCCUCUCCAUGGAAACCCUUUGGGGCAGUUCUACUCUGUCCUGUAGGGUUGCUAUGAGUCGGAAUUGACUUGGCGGCAGUGGCUUUGUGGAACUUGGCCACAGUUUCUAAAUCUGUGCCUAAAUUACCAACUGGCUUCAGUGAUUCCUGUGACUAUUUCCCUCUUUGGUUUCCGCGAAGGUGCUUUGGUAACAUUAUUAACUAGCAUGUAGAACUAAUGAACAAUAGAAUGGAGAAUUCAGCCAGGGAGCAGGUGAAGCUUGUGCUGUGGGGGACCGGGAUCCAGGUGAGGAGACCAAAUCAGGCUUUGACUUUAAGGAAGCUCCAGAACCAUAGAGCCUACCAGCUCUUUUCAUACUCCCACUUGCUUUUUGAAGUCAGAGUCUAAACAGCAUUUGAAUUUGUGCCUCUUUGUUUUUCCCUGAGCCAAAUCCUUCAAUUCAUAGUCCCUGUCAGAUUCUGCAGAAUUCUUGAAAAAAUGCCAGUUUUUUUCUUUUUCCAUAGAACAUAUUUAUAUAUUGUGAUUAGGAGUACUUUCUGAAGAGUACUUCAUAGUUUUUUUAAUUGCCUUGUUUGCCUUCAAUUUCCUUAAUUUUCAUGGUUUACAUGGGUGUGUGUGUAGGGGGUAUAUGUGUGUACAUAUGUGUGGGUUGGGGUUUUUUUCCUUGGCAUGUGUUGGUUCCAUGGACAUAUGAUCCCCACAAGCUGUGGGAGUGAUUGGCCAGGCCUUGUUUUGUUGGUGUUUUUUGUUUCGGGGGAGGGACAGAGUGAUAUUUAGGAAAUACACUGCUUUGUAAAGCUCUUAUCAGCUCAUAUGAGAGAGCAGGCACUGCCCUUGAGAACGCUGGUAAGUUGUAUCAUAUGUUUUAAAAGAAUUUUGAGCAUUCGUGCUUUAAAGUACCUUCACAAGGGAACAUUACCCACAAAAGUUCAUUUGGUUUUCCUUUGUCUUUAUGAUUCAUAUAGCAGCAAUAAAGGUUUCCCGCUUCCCCCUGCCCCAGACCAUUGUGCUGGCCUGGGCUCUCCUUACCCUUCUCGUUCGUUCUCUUUCCUCACUGAGGGGUAUGAGUAGCUUUUGAUGUGACAGAAUGCCGAUGUAAUCUGGAAGGCUUUGCCAGGUCAGACCCCUCUCAUUCUUGGUUAAGGAUGGUGUGUUGUGUCUGGCGAUGUGGUAAGAGGACCUUAUCAGACGCUCCACAAACAUGUUUGCCACCAAGUACCGACUCCUGGCAAGAGGCUAGUGCCUGAUUUAAAAAGGAAAUGUUGGUUUGAGGACAAAAGGAAAGGUCUCUUUAACUGCUUACAGUAGGGUCACUCAGAUUCUCUUGCAAUCAUCUACGCGUUCCUUUCAUUAACGUGGAACCUGUCAGUUGCACACUGUUAGUCAUUUCUCCAGAGAGUUGAAUGUUACAUUGAAAAUGUCGGGAAAAGCUACAGCCAGGUGCCUGUGCUGUUCUUGUGUGAAAUUCUACUAUUAAAAAAAAGAACGAUAAGAA